AAAGUGAAACUUCUGUAUGAAAAAGAAUGGCGGACAGGCGCUCUCUUGUUUUUUAAUGCCAGUCUAUAUUUCUUAUGUCUUGGAGAAGAUGGGGCGAUUUCUCGCCGGGACGACCUUCCUGAUCGUUCUGUCGACCCUCGGAUUUUUCGUGACGGAAGCGAACGACCUUAAACUGGAGGUGAAAGAUCUUGAUGCAUUGGCAAAGACAGACAUCACUCUGAAAUGUUUAAUAAAGAAUAUGCCAACCAAUGUGAAACUGGAAAAUGUGGGUGUUGUGUGGACAAAGCAAGGAGCAGAUGGUGCUACACCAGUUUACACUUUUCAGACUGGAAAAACAGAAGCUAAACGUGAUGGAGCCUACAUGAACGAGACUGAACUUUUGAAUGGAGAUGCUUCACUCCAUCUCCCGAAUGUACAGUUUGAGGAUGAAGGUUCCUAUACGUGUAUUGUGUAUGUCACGCCAUCCAAAGGUGAAAAACAAUUUCAGCUUUUUGUAUCUGAACGCCCCAAUGUUGCUAUCGAACCAAAGGAAGUAGAAGUAUUGCUUGGUAAUGAGCGAUCCAUUGAAUGCACAGCAAAUAACUUUUACCCUAGCAAGAUUAAUAUUAAAUGGUUAAAGAUGAAAGAAGGUAGGAGUGACCUUAUUACUGAUAAUAUCUGCACUGGAAGUCCUACUAAGAAUGGACAAGGGGCCUUUGAUAUCCUCAGCCGCAUCAUAGUAAUGCCAGAGCUUGAAGAUAAUAGCUAUGUAUACAGAUGUCAAGUGGAGCACAGGACAUUUGAACCCACCUACUUUGUGGAAUCAUCAUUGAGAGUCAAAGAACCAGAAGUACCAUCAAAGGUUCCAGUUGUCUUGGGGAUUCUUUUUCCAGUACUACUUCUUGCAGCAGUUUCUGGAUUUCUUUUAUAUCUAAAAUUCUUUAAAAGCAUUGCUCCUCAAGUGACAGAGUUACAAAUUCCUGAUGAAUUGAAGCAUAAAGAAAAGUCAGUAUUUUCCUGCUUGGUGUCUGGAUUUCGCCCUAAGAGUAUUAUACUUAAUUUAUAUCUAGAACGGGAAAGGAAACCUGCAAUACAUAUUUCUGGGCCCAAAGCAGAACAUCAAGAACGGAUCAUUGAAGAUAAUGAACUUUUAGCAUUCAGUGACCCGGAAGGCUCGUUUGAGGCCAGUAUUUUACAUGAUAAGAAGCAUGGAGAUGGCACACGCUCAUUUACAUUGACUAUAACAAUUGUUCCAGACAUUUAUAUAGAUAACUAUGCAUAUUUAAAACUGCAAGUUCAACAUACAGCAUCUGUGCAUCCAAUUGGAUGGAACAAGAAAAUUAAUGUCAUUGGAGUGAAACCCAGAAUAAAUCAGAUAUUGAUACCACCCAUUAUAGCACAUGGCGACCUUGUGGCCCUGACCUGCCCUAUCAAUGGAUUCAAACCCCGCCCUUUGAUCAUCACAUGGUAUAAACAAAAGCCAAGAGAGAACAAAAAGAAAAUCCUUUGUCUUGAUGAGAAAGAAGAUUUGAAAUACUUUAGUGAUAAUGAUUUAUUAAAGUUUCAUCAUAGUAUAAGUGAGAUGAUGGACAAGAACGACUGCACUCAUGAUGUCAUUAGUGUUUUGACUUUUAUUCCGUCAGUCAUGGACGAUGACAAAGCCACAUUCUUCUGUGAAGCUAAGCACAUUGCCACGUGUUCAGUGCAACGGGAGAAAGAUAUUCAUGUGAAAGCAACUCCAAAACUAGAUCCAAUUAUGCUAAAGGAUGAAGCAGCUAUAGUAGGUGCCCCAAUGGUUUUAUCCUGUAGAAUUCACUCAUACUAUCCACAGACUUCGCUUAAGGUGUCUUGGUAUCUCGGUGACACCCUCGUUACAGAGGGAAGUGAUGUUGGAACCCCAAAACAGUUGGACGAUGGACUUUUCAGCUGCAUAAGUACCCUGAAAACUGUUCCCUACUGGCCAGAUGUGAACAAAGUGUUUAAAUGCUUGGUUGAGCACGAGAGUUUACCUGAGUUUCGAGAAACAAAAUGGACCUUAGAGGAACUGGUUUCACCUCCAAAAGUAUAUGAAAUUCUCAGUGACCCAAAACUACCAGUGCUUGGAAUGCCUCUUACACUCUCCUGUGUGGUCACCGAGUUUUACCCAAAAGAUUGUACAGUUGUUUGGGUUCGAGGGUUUGAAAGAAUGGAGGACGGAACAAAAACCGAGGAGCCCGAGUUUGAUGAGGAAAAAAGACUGUACUAUCGAAGAACACAGCGGACAUUUUACCCCACCUUGAACGACCUGGGCAGUCACUUUUCUGUUGAGAUGAUUCACCGGGGAAUCACCUAUCGGCCUGAUAAGGACUUAUUUGUUAUGAGAUUUAAAGGUAUUCCUACGGUGAGUGAGGUUAUGGUGGACCUCACCGCUUGCAGCUCUGGGAAACCUGUGACGCUCUCCUGUAAUGUGACAGGAUUUAUUCCCAAAACAAUCACUGCUGAAUGGAGGCAAGGACAAAGAACAGUAACAGAAGGGGUGAAAACGAUCUGCAGUGAUAGCCCUGAUAAACAUGGCUGCUACAACUUGAGCAGCACCUUGGAACUCAGUCCCAAAAAUUUGGAUUUGAACAGUGAUUACUACUUUUAUGUUCAUCACGAAAAAUUACAGGACCCAAUUACAAGGCAUGCAGAUAUUCCUGAAUGAUUGAUGUGUCCAUUUGGGGCUUCAAGCAUGUGCAGAAACCGUUCAAGACUGAACAAGAGAUCACCAUACACUCUGACUUUCUUGAGGAUGAAGCAAAAAAGUACAAUAUAAAAUGAUUUAAAAUCAACAAAGUUUCGAAUCCGGACAUGUGAGAUUGCGAGCCAUUGGAUGAUGAGAUGGGGAACUGCACCCUUGUCAUCUGUAAAACAUCAUAGGAGUAAAGGGAGAGUGACAUUUGCAGUAAGGUAAAGAAUGUCUGUCUCAAUUCCUGUUGAAGAGACAUUUACACUUCAAACUUUUCUAAAGGGAAUAUCUGAUGUGGGGAAGUGCUGCCCCCUGGUGGUCUCCACUUGCACUGCUUCAAGUGUACUCUUCAAAAGAAAAACUGGCAGGAAAUUCACAAGUUCAGAUAUGUUGUGAAUGAUGGGGUUCAUACUUGUAUGUCUCCUUCAUAUGUGCAAUACCAAAAACAGACAAAAAACACUUAGUGUAAGUAAGAGUAUUGUCACAUGUGCAUAAUACUCUGAAAUUCUUCCAUGUGUUACCAACAUGCAACAUGUCACACUUUGCCUGUGCCUUGAUGUAUUUAGCUUAUCUACAUAUGUGUGUGUGUGUAUGUAUAUAUA